CUGUGACUUUAUGUAGUACAAGUUGAGGAAGCGUCGGUCUUGUCUUGUUUAUAGCGGCACGAAUACAGGACGAUUGAGGGCCGGUCCGGCACACUGACUGCUGAUCUGUAGCUCUCGUCACUACUAACCCGUCAGAACUAAGAGAGGGCAGCAGUUGCUUUGUUUUCCAACCUAGAGACAGCAGGACCGGAUCUGGGAAACCGACAACGUAUCCAAGCCUCUUCCUUAAUAUGAGGUGUGAGUCUGGAGCCUGAGUGUGAAAAACAGGAUCUUUAAGAAGAUCGAUCGCUGUUCAUUCAGUACGGCAGCUCUCUGAGAUGAGCUCAGUUCAUCUGAUAGGAAGAUGUUGUUUGUCUGUAGGCAGACCAAGAGAACUGUCGGUGGAUUAUCUUGGCUGUCCGUUUUAAGGUGAGGCUCUCCGUGUGUUAUGAUAUGGCAUACCUGGUUCACACGGCUCACCCUCAGUUCGUCAGCCUGUGGUUGAGCGCCGUGGGUUGGGUCCUUACCGCGGUGACCCUUGGACUCAUCCAGUGGAGGGUCUGGCAGGUGGCCGACUUGACCUUCAUCACCUCAGGAGUGGCCUGGGUCGGGAUCUGGAGGGUGUGUUUCUAUAGCCAUACACUCGUGACCUCUGAGUUCAGGGUCAUGUAUUGUCAGAAUAUGGCGCUGUCGGACGCCUUCACGCCCCCGGAGGUCGCCACGGCCCAGGUGCUCACUCUAAUAGGGCUGUUCGUGGGGUUCUGUGGGAACGCCGCCGCUGUCUACGCACUCAGGAACAUCUAUUUCGGCCUGGAGAAGCAGACGCCUAUCCGCUGUGCGUUCGCAGUGGCUGGUACUCUGUGCUUGUUGUCCGCUGUGUGUUUUCUCAUCCCGCUCCUGUGGAACCUGAACUCGGUGGUGACCAAUCAAACGAUUGCGUUCCCUUCGAACUUCCACAUGCCCCCUGCACCUGUGACCCAGAACGCUGGGGCAGGAAUCGGGGUCGGGAUCAUAGGGUCGUUCAUGAUGAUCGUCAGUGGAGUUAUCUUCAUCUUCUACAGGUUCCCUGUCAAGGUAGGACCCAGAGUGGAGCCGCCUUGUCCAGAGGCGAGACACUUUGAUGGGUCAAGUGUUGGGACAUUGUCCCCUGGGUCUGUGGGACACGGUAGGGAUAGUCUGAAUAACUCUCAGGCCAGGGACAAUCCUGCCUUCCGCUCUGAUGAGCACUUGUGAUUUUAGUUUGUUUCUGAAAUCAGACAUAUGAGUUUACCAUAUUCAAUGUUGUAUUUGAUGUGACAUAAAGGAAUAGCCGUUUGAUGCAACUAUAUGGUUAGUAUGAGAGCCCCCCCCCCCCACAUCAAUAAGGGAUCAUAGCUUUCACCUUUGAUUCACCUGGUCAGUCUUUCAAGGGAAGAGCAGAAGUUCUUAGUGUUUUGUAUACUCAGUGUACACCCAUUUGAUUCUUGAAUAAUAUAACUUCUAAAUGCGUCCUGAGUUUAGUUCGACUGUUAUACCCAUCAGAACCCCAAAUAUAAACUUGUUUAACUCCAUUGUUCGUAAACAAAGUAAUUGUAAGCAAACACUGUAUAGCGUCAAUGUGGUUAAAACUAUAAUUCUGGUAUCAUGGAUGCUCAGUCCUCGUAUCCAUACCUCUGUCUAUGAGUUUGAGGAUGCUUAAGUUUCUCCAGCCCCGUCCCUCAGCUGUUUACCAAAACGGUGGUGGGGUAACCACUUUGUUAUUGUUUGAACUGAAGAUUGCCCCUUUAAAAUGUCAGAUUACACGAUCAUAUAUUGAUUCGUAACAUUCUUAUACCUAAUGAUUGUGCUAUAGUUGAUAACAAAAAAAGCACCUUUAUUUUACAGUCAGAGUAUAUCAGUGUGUUUGUAUUUAGUAGUAAUUGGGAGGGUACAUAAACACACGUGCUCUCUGUCUUUUGAGGACAUGCUUGCAACACACCUGUCUUUAGUCAUUGCCUUGCAAUAACUCCAAAGGGAGUUUAAAAACUGAUUACAGUUAAAUGUUUUACAUUUCAUACUUGUAUUGCUGAUGCCUUUGAAUGUAUUUCUUUGUAAAUGAUGCAAGAUUUGUACCGUUUCUGUUUAUUUGAUCAUAUUGAAAAUGUAUUCUUAAACUUUUAAGGGCUCUUGACAUCCAGGAACAAUAUUAUACACAUACACAAUUCAAUCAGAAAUAGUUGUGAUAAAUCAUGUGAUUUAAAAGAGACAAUGUUUUAAUCAAUACAAUUUUAUCACACACUG